AUGGAGCGUCUCUGGAAGGGACGCUCCCCUCGGAAGCCGAUUGGAGACGAAACCUUUUUCCGGUUCUUCAUGCGUGACAGCGUCGAGAAGCCGGUUGCCGCCAUCAUCUCAGAGCUUGCAAAGAUUGAAAAGGCCCGAGAGGCAUUUGAUAUUGGAGAUGGUGUCGACUUUGAGGAUAGGCAGGAUUUUGUCAUCGAUGCUUUUGGAGCAGCCUACGAUAGACGUGUGCUAUUCCCCUGCACCCCUGGCAGCUACGCCGACCAGCCAUCUGUGCAGCAAGAGCUAGUUUGCGUCGUCGACUGGGUGCUGCCUCAUAUGCUAACGGCUUCUCGCCUUCGUGUUGGGCUUCAUGAAAUGGACGUCUACGAGGAGGUUGCGAACCGGGAGUCGAUGCUCCCGGCUUGUGGAAAUUCGACUGCGCGGUUCCGGUAUCACGCAGAGAAGCUGACGGCGUGUGCUCUUACGGAUGCGUAUGGCCAGAUGAUCGAAGAGGGUCUCGAGUAUGGACUUGUCACCACGGGCGAGGCUACGGUGUUUCUCAAGGUUGAAUGGGAUGAGCCUGGGACCCUCUACUAUCAUCUGGCCGAGUUUGGACCCGAGGUGUCUGCUCAUCCAUCCAACGCUCCAAUCUGCACUGCCGUGGGUCAGCGCCUGGCCUUUACUCUCAUGCUUCUCCGACAGCAAGACCAAUGA